GCGGGGCUCCGGCGGCAGCGGCGCAAGAUGGCGGCCACCACGGGUGCGGGAGUAAAAGUUCCUCGUAAUUUUCGUCUGUUGGAAGAACUUGAAGAAGGUCAGAAGGGAGUAGGUGAUGGGACAGUUAGCUGGGGCCUUGAAGAUGAUGAAGAUAUGACACUUACAAGAUGGACAGGAAUGAUUAUCGGGCCUCCAAGAACAAUUUAUGAAAACAGAAUAUACAGCCUUAAAAUAGAAUGUGGGCCUAAGUAUCCAGAAGCACCUCCAUUUGUAAGAUUUGUAACAAAAAUUAAUAUGAAUGGAGUAAAUAGUUCUAAUGGAGUGGUGGACCCCAGAGCCAUAUCAGUCCUAGCAAAAUGGCAGAAUUCGUAUAGUAUCAAAGUUGUUCUGCAAGAGCUUCGGCGUCUAAUGAUGUCUAAAGAAAAUAUGAAACUUCCUCAGCCACCUGAAGGACAAUGUUACAGCAAUUAAUUAAAAACAAAACAAACAAAACCAUGCCCCCCUUAUUCAAUUUAAGCUAUCUUCAUUUUCCACAGUAGUACAUUUUCUAGAUGCAUCUUGUAGACCUCAGAAUACUGGAAAGGAAGUUCCCACUCCAAGGAAGUUUUUCUUGAGAUACUGUAAAUGAUACUAAUUUUUUUUUCCCAUUUGAAAUAUAAGUUGUGCUAUAACAAAUAAUCCUGUCGUGUAACCACUGUCCACAUAGCUGAACUUCUGGUAUCAGGAAAAGUCUAUUUAAAUUUAUUACUGUCAAGACCAGUGUGGCACAUCUAACUUAACUGUGAAAGCAUACAUCCCACAAUCACCUUGCUGCGUGUCUGGCCUGGGUUGUGGUUGGGUUUUUUUCCUCUUUUUCUGUCUUUUGCAAUAGAGUCGAAGCUCAGGGCUAUUUAUUAGAGUAGACACAAAGGUUUUUGCUUCCAGUACUACGCUGGGCUUUAUGGACUACUAAUGGGGAUGUGUGCUAACCUCAGUCAUCCCUCCCUUUGUGCUAUCUCUAGUAAAGGCUGAAUGUGA